UUUUUCCACGCAUGCCCAGUAAGGUUUGCAAUUUUGACAGUUUUGACGCUUGGAAGAAAUGUCAAAAAAACAAUGACGUAUUUAUUUAUUUAAUACAAAUUAAAAUAAAUACCACUUUUACAAAGUGAUUAAAAAUUUAGUCAAAAAUUGUUAACAUCAAUUUAAAUAAUUACCAAACUUAUAUAAACUUUCAAAAUGGGAGGAGGAGAUUUGAAUUUGAAGAAAUCAUGGCAUCCAUCAACAAUGAAAAAUAUGGAGAAAGUAUGGAAAGCAGAGCAAAUGAGCAAUCAGGAGAAAAAGAGAAUAGCUGAAUUGAAACGAGAAAUUGAAAUGGAAAAAGAUCGCGAGGAAUUAACAAAAAUUGCAAUGGAUCAUGGAACAAUUGAAAAGAAAGAUGAUAAAAAAUUAGAUUGGAUGUAUAAGAAGCCAAAUCAAACGGUUGAUCGCGAGGAAUAUUUAUUGGGAAAAGAAAUUGAUCAAAAUUUUGAGAAAAUUGUACAAGCCGAAAAAGAUGCAGCAUUAAAUAGAGCUCCGAAAAAUCACGUCGAGCACGAAUGUAUACCACCUUCUCUAAGAUAUUUUUCUGGUACCGAACAAGUGGACCUGGCGAGAAAACAACAAGAAGAUCCAUUGUUUCUAAUCAAGAAAAAAGAAAUGGAAACCCGUUCGCAAUUAUUGAAAAAUCCCGUUAAAAUGAAGCAAAUAAAACAAUUAUUAGAAGCGGAAACAAGAAAGAAGAAGGAGAAAAAGUUUAAAAAAUCCAAAAAACACAGAAGUGAUUCCGAAUCUGACAGUGAUAAAGAAUUGGAUAAUUUACUAGCUGAAAAAUACAAAAAGCUCAAGGGGAAAAUAUCCGAAGAAGAUUUAAUGAAGUCUGUGAAAAAGGGGAAAAAAUACGACAGAAAACAAAAACGUAAAGAUUCAUCAAGUGAUGAUUCUGAUUCUGAUUCGGAUUCAGAAUCAGAUUCAGAAAGUGAAACAAAUAAACGAUCAAGGAAAAAAGAAAGAAAAAUUAAAAAACGAAAAGACUCGGAUUCUGAAAGUUCCUCAAGCGAGUCGGACAGAAGAUCAAGCAGAAAGGAUAGAAAAUCAGAAAAAAGAAUGAGAAAACGAAAAGAUUCUGACAGUUCGGAGAAAUCAAAUAGAAGGGGGAGAAAAUUAGAAAGAAAACAUAAAAAACAAAGAGAUUCGGAUUCUGACAGUUCGGAAAGUGAGUUCGAAAGAAAAUCACGAAGAAAAGAUAAAAAAAAGCGAAGAGACGAGAGUAGCGAUUCAGAAAGUAGAACUAGAAAGAAUAAGAAAAACAAGAAACGAAGAGAUGAAAGCACCGAUUCAGAAAGAGAAAAAUCGAGUAGAAAAGAAAAGAAAAACAAAAAACGAAGAGAUGAAAGCACCGAUUCAGAAAAAGAAAAAUCGAGUAGAAAAGAAAAGAAAAACAAAAAACAAAGAGAUGAGAGCACUGAUUCAGAUACAGUGAGAAAAUCCUCUAAAAAGUACAAAAAACAUUCUAACGAAUCAGAAGAAUUUAAAUCAAAUAGCAAAAGCAAAAAACGAGAUUCAAGCGAUUCAGAAACAGAUCGAAAAAAUAAAAGACACAAAAAGGAGAAACAAAAUAAUUCCGAUAGUGAUAAUGAUAAAAUAUAUUAUAAUAAAAAAAUUGAUUCUCAUAAUGUUAGAUCAAAUUUUGGAUUAAUGAGAGCUGAUGGGACAAAAAUGACGAUAAAUCCACGAAGUUAUUCUCCUCACAGAACAAAAGAUAUGGGGAGAAAAAUUGAGGACAGAAAUGAGAAGCGAUGGAUACCACCGAAACGGCAAAAACUCACGGAAGAGGAAAAAGAAAAACGUCGCCUCGAGAUGAUGGAUAAUGCCACUUGGCGUGAAAAAGAUCGUGAGGAAAAAAUACGUCGAGAAAUGGAGGAGAUGAAAAAAGAGGAAGAAACUAAAAAAACAUAUAGCAAAGAUUUUGUCAGAAAACAAUUAGCUGCGGCUGUUGAACUAGGAACAUUGGAAUCACGUGUGAAAUCAAGAAAAAAUACUAUUCAACGAUCGAGUCGCGAUAUGAACACUAAUUUCGCUAGACGGUAACGUUUAUAAAUUUUUGUACAUUAUAAAGAAAUGUAAAUAUAAUUUAAUUUUACUUUUAAUUAAACGGAAAGUAAAUUUGAUUUUGAAAAAUAGAAAAAAAAAUUUAUAAAUAAACAAUGAGUAAAAUUA